AUGAACAAUUAUGAUGAUUAUAAUGGUAAUGAUGGUGGAGGUUAUGAUGGUGAUGAUUAUAAUGGUGAUGAUGGUGGAGGUUAUGAUGGUGAUGAUUAUAAUGGUGAUGAUGGUGGUUAUAAUGGUAAUGAUAGUGGAGGUUAUGAUGGUGAUGAUUAUAAUGGUGAUGAUGGUGGAGGUUAUGAUGGUGAUGAUUAUAAUGGUGAUGAUGGUGGAGGUUAUGAUGGUGAUGAUGGUGGAGGUUAUGAUGGUGAUGAUUAUAAUGGUGAUGAUGGUGGAGGUUAUGAUGGUGAUGAUUAUAAUGGUGAUGAUGGUGGAGGUUAUGAUG